ACCUCCUACGCGCAGGCUAGUUUGCGCGUCCCUCGAUAGAUCGCGCCAUGGAAUCCCAUGUUUUUCAAUCAAUUUUCUCACAAUUCGACGAGACAGAAGCAACGAUAAUAAAACAGAGUAUUUAGUGCCAAGGAGAAAGUAUUUGUGUAUUUUAACCGAUCUAUACCGUUAUGUUUUUCGAAUAAGUUACAAAUAGUCGCGAGAGGUACGGUGAUUGUAGAGAAAGUCGACCGAAACACCGCUCGGAUAACCUCAAAGUUUUUCUCGUUUUGUUAUCGAUUCAGAGCCGCUUGUUUUGAAAGCAGAUCGAGGGCUGUAUCGAAGCUGGAGUUUUGAUUAAAAAGAAAAGAAUCACGUUGCCGAAUUGAAGCGAAAACAACUGAAAAGUGAAAACUCGAAUGAUGAGUUCGCAACAAAGCCCGGCCGCGUUACAGUCCACGGUCGAUCGCGAGAAAGUUUAUACAUGGAUAAUCGAACUGUCUAAUCCCGAAACUAGAGAGAACGCAUUGUUAGAACUGAGCAAAAAACGAGAAGUUGUGCCAGAUUUGGCGCCGAUGCUAUGGCACUCGUUUGGAACAACCGCGUCGUUGCUCCAGGAGAUAAUAAACAUUUAUCCGGCUAUCAAUCCGGCUACUUUAACCGCUUAUCAGAGCAACCGUGUAUGCAACGCGUUGGCGUUAUUACAAUGCGUUGCCAGUCAUCCAGAAACCAGAUCGGCGUUUCUACAGGCCCACGUUCCGCUGUUCCUCUAUCCGUUUCUACACACGGUCAGCAAAACGCGGCCGUUUGAAUAUCUCCGAUUAACCAGUUUGGGAGUGAUCGGCGCGUUGGUAAAAACCGAUGAACAAGAAGUGAUCACCUUUUUACUCACCACCGAGAUUAUACCGCUCUGUUUGCGCAUCAUGGAGAGCGGUUCGGAGCUCAGCAAAACUGUAGCUACUUUUAUCUUGCAAAAGAUUCUGUUGGACGACAGCGGACUCUCGUACAUAUGUCAGACCUACGAUCGGUUCAGUCACGUUGCGAUGAUUUUGGGAAAAAUGGUGUUGUCCCUGGCCAAGGAUCCCUCGGCGAGGUUACUUAAGCACGUGGUCAGGUGCUAUCUGAGACUGUCGGACAAUCCUAGAGCUCUGCUGGCUCUCAGACAGUGUCUGCCCGAUCAACUGCGAGACAACACCUUCGCGACGUGCCUGCAGGAGGACGCGUCGACGAAGCACUGGUUGAAUCAGUUGUUGAAGAACCUAGAAACCGGCCCCCAGCCAGGUCCUCAGGCGCAACCGGGCCAACAGGACCCGAGAACCAUCGGCAUGUCGCCUCUCGCCUCUUAAAUCACGAUACUGGCCGGAUCGGACCAGAAUAAUGCAUCACGCGCCAGGCAGGAGGUCUGGAACUGAACUGAAAGCGAAAUCUCGCAGAGAUCUAUGGAUCUCGGAAGCGUUGGAAGGUUGGAGCCUUUGGGAAACGGCAGGUUCGCGUCCCCCUCGAUACGCUAAAGCGUUUCUGUACAUUUCUUACUGUUCCUUUUGUGUAAAGGUUGCGAAUUGAAAAUACAAAUAUACCUAUGUAUAUAUAUAUAUGUA